UUUUCAGGCACAUUUUCCGGAUUGGUUCCUAUUUCGUUCACCCGAGAGCCGAGCUACACCGUAGCCCACAAAAAUAAGCCAGUUACGCUAAAUUGUGGAGUGAAUGGGAAGCCUCCUCCGUCCAGUUUCACAUGGGAAAAAGAUGGACAGGAAAUCAUUCCAGAUUCAAGGAGGACGAUUGACUCAAAUGGAGCGUUGCACAUUACAAGAGUAAUCCAUACUCGGGAGAGCAAACCCGAUGUUGGGGAAUAUCAAUGCUUUGCUUCAAAUGAAAGAGGCAGAAUUGCUAGUCGCAAAGUUCGUUUGGAUGUUGCUGGUAAGUAAUGAACAGAGUACGUGUUUGUAAAUCGUUUUGUACGAUUCAGUGAACAAAUUCAUUGACGUGAUGUUUGGAAGUUCAUGUUUCCAACCGACGCGGCCAAAUUACCGUGCUCAAUCGCGCAGUUCCAUUUUUAAUCGCUAAAGAUCUAUUUCCGAAUAAGCUCUCUUCCGGCUGUGGUAAAAAUUAUUUGGAAACCACAGAUCUUUUCAUGUUAAUCUCUUGGCUGACCUUAAAAAAAUGGUUAGAGGGAAAAGGCGGUUAAAAAAAAACUGAGGAUUCCAGUUGCUAGCGUACAUAUCAUUCCUCAUGCCGAUUUCGUGUAUUUACAUCUUCGCUAUAAUCACGCGAUUGUUGCCCGAUUGUGCGUUUUUAGUUUAGUCGUCUUUUACAAAGAACGUUUCAAUUAUCUCUUCACUCAAAGAGUGUGAUUUGUUUUAAAACAUGUUUAUAAUAUUUCAGUGACCCCAAAGUUUAACCUUGAGAAGCAACUGAAAUCGUUCUGAACGAUUGAUGGCUAUUCGAGUAUGAACGUUGAUCACAGAUAAGCUCGGCGAUAAUGUUUCUCCGCCACUGUCAAACAUAUUGUUUGCAUUAUCUUCUUACACCAGCUUAUUCUCUCUAAAUCUUAACCUUUAGAGUUUUAUGCGUAACUUGUUAGAGUAAAUAUUACGUCUUUGUAAGGAUGGACAGAAAGGUUAAGCUGUUGAGUAAAAUGCACUUUGCCCCAGCUGAGAACCUUGUGAGCGGAUGAGAUGAACUGGAAUCGCUCGUUUAGAUCAAGGCUUAAUGCUCUUAUAUAGUGUUCUUGUCGUUUUUAUGUUAUCAACGAAAUAGUAAAUAUGCUAUCGAUCGUGUUAACUAUCGCAACAAUAUGAUUGUGGCAACAAGAACGUCGCUUUAUUUGCUUCGCUAAAUCGUGCGAGAGAUCGGCGAGGCACACUUGGAUUUCUGUGCUUCCGUCAACUUUAGAAGAUAAAAAGUGUUUGAAUUUUGUUCCAAAGACAAAAAGCACUUAAAAUUAUCUUCAAAGACGAGGGUUUAUCUUCGUUGUUGCACGCACGUACAAGUACCACGCUGUGAGACUACAGCUCGUCUUUUAUUCGUGGCCUCAUUAUCGUUGUGCUUAGGACACCUUAUGACCUUAUCAAAAUAAGACAGUCGUUGGUGGAAUUCCCAAUUUGUCGUUUGAUUCAUGUCUAAAAAAAAAAAAAAAAAAAAAAAAACACACACACAUGCACUAAGAAAAAAGACACCUUUUGUUCGGUGAAAUUUUUAUCUUGAAACGUUUAAGAAUUUUAAGCGCUUGUGUUCUUACUGAUACAAAACAUGGCGGGUCUUUUGUGCUCAUUUGUAAAAACAGCAGUUGUGUAUGUGUAGUUGGGAUCGGCUCUUUGUUUUGAGGGCCAAUGAGAAUCAACCAUGGCAUUUAUCGAUGAUCACGUGCAAAAUAUUUUUCGUUUUACAAGGAAUUUUGUUCAAUGUAGGUGUGCUUUGCAACCAACAUGAUUUGUUUGUGUUUGUAGCUCCCCUCACAACAUAUUUCAGUGUACUGUCUAAAAUUUGAAAAUUCCAUUUAGGAAGGAAUUCUACUUUAGGAAAUUUCUUGACUAUUAUGAUAUAUUUUUUUUCGAUUAAUGACCUCACAGAAAAAAUAUGGAAAAUUUGAUAUCCAGGCACCACUUAAUUGAAAUAUUGGUUGAUGCAAUGUAAACAUGGACAAACUACAGUAAUUUUGUAGGUUUUUAAACAAAGGUAAAAUUGCAAUAUGACAUCAUACAUUAUUCUGAGUUUUAAAUUUCACCAAACAGCAAAUUUUUGUCCUUUUGGCAAAAUUGUGUUUGUUACAUUAAAGCUGUUUGCUUUAUAAAAUACUGAAUAUGGGUAUUUAACAAUUUGGAGCUGGCAUAUUGUGGUAUGUUUGUGUACUAAAAUGGUGGUUUUAUGGAAACGUAUAAGAUUUUAUAUCCAUUAUUCUGAUGAUUUACUCUGUGUAAUAGGUAAAGUAUUAAACAGAAAGAUUCCAUGGGCCAUGAGGAUAAAAUGACUCUGGAAAGGGCACAAACAAUUAUAUUUACGCCCAAGAACAAAAACUGUAUUACUGUUCUUAUGCCCACGGAGGACAUUGAAAAUUAACAACUGAAAAAAUGACAACAAAACUGUCUAAACAAUCAAGCAAGGAUGCAAGUAGACUUAAAAAAGGUUUUAGCAGUGGGUUCAAUUCAUUUUAACCUGCCAAAAUCUCCACUUUAACCUGCAAAAUGGGUCACAAUGCCAAGAGAUAAUCAUAGAUCACAGAUGAUAUUAAAAUGAGAUGGAACAAAAACAGGCACAUGAGGCACAGCAGAAUGUGUCACUGAUGUUCUUACGACAUUUUUAUGUUGUUUUUUUUACUCAUUACUGGACAGAUGCAUGGCAACAUAGAGUCUAUUUGUUUUACACAACAAAAGAGCGCAACAUUGUUAAUGGUUAUGCUGAGCAGCUGUCAUCCAAUAGAUUGUAGUGAGAAUCAAGAAGAACAAUUAAUUUAGCUUAUAAUUUACUAAACAUGCUGGAUGUGGUUUAUUUUCUAAAACAAAUCAUUCACAUAUGAUCAUUAGUUCCUAAGAAUAGUCAGAUGAUGCGUGUAACAAAUCACAUUGAAUUGCACAAGUAUGUAUACUUUAUAUUCUGAUUGUUCUUACUCACGCAAUACAUGCAAACAUUGAAGCUUAAAAGAAGAAAUUCCUUUUAAUAGUUAUAAAUCAGUUGGCUCAUGUGUCAGCUGUGUCUUCAUCCAUUAAUGAAGUGCUGUGUCACAGGCGAGUCCUAAGCAUCUUUUGUUCUCUAAACUUUUCCUGUGCUGAAUGCAUAUGCGUACUUUGAGAUAUUAUGGUGAGUGAAACUAGCUUCAAUAUGAAGAAGCUGCAAAAUAUUUUGUUCUUAUUGAUGGAGGGGAAGGUUUAUACAUGGCGUCAACAUGUCCAGUCAGGAACACAUCUGCUUUUAUUAUGAUUUAAAAUCUAACUGAAGCUUUAAGUGGCCUGAUUUAUUGCACUGGUAAACCAAUAGUUUUUAACUUUCUAUUGGUUUCCUGGUGCAUUAAACCACUUGGGAUGUAGGGAAAACACUAGAAAAGUUUGUAAAUCACUUGCCUCCCGCUUGUGAUUUACAUACUUUUCUCAUGUUCUCUUAAUAUAUCCUACAUCCGUUAUUACGCUGGUAAACUGAUAGAAAGUGCAGUCUGUUGCUUGAUUUGAUUACGAUUGCGUGAGAAGGGAAACGUAGAAUCUCUCUUCAGCUGUCCUCUAUCAUUUUUGAAAAACAAGUUUGAAUAGAGGGAUGGAAACAUUAACCAAUAGGUCACUAACUGUCAUUUUUCAUGAAAUUUAUGGUUACAUUUUCUCUACUUUAAGUGAAUAACUUGUAACCUUUGCCAGGCUAUUUUUAACAAUUGAACUUCAGUCAUAUCAAGUUAAUCGCUUUAGCUCACCAUUUCCUUAAAAAAAUGAUUUAAAAUUCAAUUAUGCUUGAGUUUUUUAAAAAGGGUAUUUUUGUAAAAAAGUUGUUUAAAGCUAUCAAGGUGUCAUAAUCUAUGUAAGACUCCUCAGCGACAUUGUGCAGUGAAGGACUUCAUCCUGUUUAAACUUAUUAGAACUCUUGCUUAGCACUUAAGAUGAGUGAUAUGGUUUUUGAAAGGGAACAGGCCAAUUUCUUAUCAUAAAAAACUAAAAAAAAUGAAUUGAGGGAAAGUCAGGACCCAAAGAGUGUUAAACUUGUGAAUUUACAGAUCAAAGAAGAAAAAGUCUUUCUGAGAGUUGGUUUUUUAUGUGUCUUAAUACCACUGAAAUAAUCCCCCUCUUCAAUUGAAUUAGUAUUAGCUAUUUGGAAUUGAUUGAAUAUUGUGAAAUUUGCUCUUAUUGUUAACUGCACAGUGAAGAACAAAGUGCAGUUGGCAUUUUUUUCAGUCUAGUAUUUCCUUUCUGGCUGCCUAAAAAUGCAACAUGUUGGUAAAUUAUGAUUUUUGAUACUGCAAUUGACAGAUUAAGUAUUAGGGGAAAACUAGUUAGAAUAUAGGGAUAUGAUCACAUCCUUUAAAAGAAUGAUGUUUUGUUAUUCAUACUGACCAGUUACAUUUCAGGAAAGACUACGUUUGAAAUCUGAUUGAUUUGUGUGAAUGGUGUUCAGUCAUUUCACCAGAGAGGGGCUUCAUUCCCCUCAUCAGUGGAAUAACUAAAAUUGCUCAUAAUUUUUUUUUUUUGUUCUACAUCCAAUAACCUCUUUAUUGAUAUAAAAAUAGUGUUGGUUUCCUAAAUAUAGCGUGUCUAUGAAUUCAGAAUGGUGAGUUACCUUGAAAAACACAACUCCUUAGAUCUGACAUCCUAAUAUUUUUGUGUAAACUUCCUCUACAGUUGUUUAUUGCAAUCAAUAUUAUUAUUGAUUUUUAAUUUUGUUUUUCUUCUUGAUUUGUGUGUUCAAAGGUAUGUCUAAGAAGUUUCAAUGGGAACCGCAAAACACAGUAACAUUGGUAGGAUCCUUUGCAAGAUUUUCCUGUCAAAUCCGACAUGCUUCUCCUGCAGCUACUUUAAGGUGGGAAAAAGAUGGCACCCGUUUAGAAGCCAAUGACAGAAUUUUCAUGCUGAUAGAAGGAGUACUACAAAUAAAAGAUGUCAGAAAAACAGAUGAAGGAAACUACAGCUGUGUGGCAGAAAAUGUGGUCAAAAUGCGCCGCAGCAAUCCUGGAAGUCUUACAGUCCUAGCUGCUGGUAAUUGUAGUACUUCUGAUGUUUGAUUUUACCAAUGUUAGGGUUCAUUGAAACCUUUUUUUACUCAGCUUCAUACUGGCUUUGUGAUUUUGAUAUGUACCAAAUUGAUAGUUUUCAAGGGAUAUGAAUUGGUCAGUAUUUAUUUUAGGAUCAUUCCUUGUUAUAAAGGGAAUAAUCCUUAUUCAGAUGAAAUCACUGUCAUAUGAUCUUGUGGAUGUGUCUGAAAGUAUACUUUGACCAGCUAACCUGUGGGGAUCUUUAUGAGAGAGCAACAGAAUAAAAUUAUAAUUUCAUCGAAUGAAUACUUAAGUUGAAAGACCAAACUUUACUACUUAAGGCUAAAAUAAUACUCUCUAAUCUGAUUAUAGAGUGCUAUUUGUAAGUUCUGCUCUCUUGCAUAGCUCUAUAAUUCCUAAUUUCAAUUGAACCCAUGUAAGUUAUCAAGUGACUCCUGCAGUUAUGAAGCUGAUUUCACAACAUUGACAUUUUUAAGAUAGUUGGGCACAAAUUUGUUUAGAGAGCAGAGCUUACUUCUACUCAAAGUGAACAUUUUUGUUAAGUUAUUGACAGUACCUGCUCCUGAUUGAUGUUCUGAAGUUAUCAUGUGACUUCCAGCUGACUAGCAGUUUCAGCACUGUAAACAUUGUUAUAUAUAGCAAUUAAUGACAAUGUAUUCUGUAUGGAAUGAUGUGAGAACAAGCAUCAAACUGUUGAUGAGCUGAUUCCCGUAAAAAUCCUAUAUUUCUACUCUAGCCUCCUAUUUUUCUAUACUUUUGUUAAAAUUACUGGGAUGUAUGUAAUCAAUACUGGCAUAUAAUAUUUAAAAAGAGUUGAAAAUGUAUUAAUUGACAAAAACAGACAUUGAGUUACAUAAACAAACACUGUGUGUACCUGAGUUGAAAGUGGAACUAUAGUGUGAUACUUGUCAUAAUUGAACAUAUUAUUGCUUGUUAGAUUCAUCAAGAAAUAGGACAAGCCCACAAUUUCUUGGAGAACAUCGAAACAUAACCAUUGUGAAGGGAGGUUCAGCUGUAAUUGAAUGUGCUGCAUCUGGAUAUCCCCUUCCAAUGGUGCAGUGGAGGAAAUUGGAUGAACAUUCUGGGAAAACUUACAAUGUUUCUAAUAUCACUUAUGCUGUUAACAAUCUCAAUUUUUCCAAUGUUGAAGAAAAUGAUGGAGGCCAAUAUGAGUGUUAUGCACAUGCAGAUGGAAAAACCAUUUCCAGAAUUGUUUGGCUGUUUGUCACAGGUAUUGUUACAUUGUUGUAAUUUGUCUUGUUCAAUUAGAUGCCUGUUGAAAUGAUUUUGUAAGAAUAUUAAUUUUUUGAUACAAAAACAUAAACAAGGGUUUGGGGGCCAUAGGCAUCUAUGGCUCCAAAACUUAAAUAUUUUUGGAGAUGGUGCCACUUUCUUUAUUUUUGGCAAGCAUGAGGGAAUGCCAGCGGCCUCAAUUAUAAGUACUAUUGAAGGAAUGCUAGGAUAUUACCCUAGCAUUCCCAACCUUCUGAGCUGUGUUAUGAAUGUAAUGUGAAGCAAAAAAUGGGUUGGUAGAAGCAGCAAACAUGUGACAUUGGCCAGAUUUCUCAAGGAAAAAGAUGACAAAUGAGUAGCACUUCCCUUGACAUAUUAUUGCACCAUUGGCAACUGCAGAGAUAAUCUCUGUGUGAGGAGAUACUUACAGUUGAGGCCACUUGUGUCCCCUUAUGCAUACCCAAUUUUCCUGCAAAAUUAAUAGCCUCUAUCAAGGGAGGUGUAGUAAAAUCAUUGUUUGCUAUAAUUUGUAGUUUUGAGUUUAGGAAUUUGUGUCACCAAAAGACAUUGACCUAACAGACAGCUUUUCAACAAUUGAAAUUAUCAUACCUUUUAUUAGUGCCACCUCAAUUUACGUUAACACCUCCCCGUUUGGUGUGGAUGAUUGAUGAACCCUUGGAGUUGAAAUGUGCAGCAAGUGGAGAACCAGUUCCUUCAGUAUACUGGCUUAAAAAUGGGAAAGAGCUGAAUUCCAGUGAUAUCACAAAAGUUACUUAUGGCAAGGGAAGAGCAGACUUGAUAGAAUCCAGUUCAUCAGCCAGUAAUGUGUUGUACCAGUGCUUUGCACAAAAUGAAGCGGGAAGUACCCAAGUUGUAGCUUGUCGGAUAGUUCAAAAGAAAGGUAAUGUACUGUUAGUUGAAAGAAAAUUUGAAAUUAUAUUACAUUACCUGAGUUCCAUAAUCCACUGGCACUUCAUGAAACUAGCUUUGACAAUUUACUGAGAACCAAUGAUUUGAUUUACCUGGGCAAGAGUUCAGUGGGUGUCCUUCUUUUUGGUAGAAGAGUUCUACUGUAGGCAAGUCCCUCUUUUUACUGAUGUGAACUUCAAAGUUUGAAUUUUGUUAGAGGAGCAAUAAGUUGCUCUAUCCACACAUGGCUUAUGGCCUUUUUUUCUGUAAUUUAUAGAUGAUCGACCUGGCCCACCAGUGAAUAUUGUGGCUCUGCCAUUAUCAUCAUCCUCCAUUGUUAUAAACUGGAGUCCUCCUAUUGGUAACCAUAUUAUUGGUGCAUACACUGUGCAUUACAAACAGUUAGGGAAACCAGGCGCACCUAAAACCAAAGUUAUCAGUAAAGAUACACACAGCUAUGAAGUGCAAGGACUGUUGGGAUACACAAAUUACAGUUUUUAUAUGAAGGCUUAUGCCAAAGCUUUUGGGUAUGAAUCAGAACCAAUUGUGCAGAGGACACUUGAAGACCGUAAGUUAUUACAUACAUUAAUUAUUUUUAUAUUGGUUAUUGCAUUGAAGACAAGUGUUUAUUUAUUGUACAGUAGAGUAAAAAAUUUAACUGAGUCCACCAAUGGUUAAAAGUAUUUUUCAGCAUCUAACCUUUACAUUUCUAUGUGCUCAAUUACACGAGUAUGCAAAUUUGUACCCCUCAUGUUCAAACAGAAUGUGGUUUACAAGCCAGCUUAAUUGUAAUCAGAAAAAAUGCAAGAAAACAUGGAAAAACAUAUUGGCUGUUUUCAAACUGGAAUUCUCUGUGUAUCAUCAUGUUGAAUCAUAUGAUGUAUUCCAGUUACCACUAUUAUCUACAUGAACCCUGUAGGAAUUGUGUGACCAAAAGAGCUAUUUUCUGAUGGUAAUAGUGGCAACCAUACAAUGUCAUACAAGUCUAAAUGGGGUCUUCUGGGAAAUUUGUGCAUUGAUAUUGCUUGUGUAUUUGUAUAUAGUUUUUAUACAUUGGAGGUAUCAUCUAACAUUUCUUUUUCCUGUCUCAUUUAGGACCAGCCAAAGCACCAGUUGAUAUAAAAGUCUCCAGUCAAACACCAGAUGUAAGAUUUAUAUAACAUUUUACCACCAGUUUUAUAAUUUUUUUUUUUUUUUACUCAAACUGCAUGAUCUAAGUAAGAUUGAUCUUGCUAAACCUGAAAUUAUGUGUCCAAAGAAAAGGCAUUCAUUGUGUUUGUCUCUUUUAGAGUCUUGAUGUGGAGUGGGCACCACCACUUAGAGACUAUCGCAAUGGCAUCAUAAAAAACUAUGUGAUUUCCUACAAGAAAGAGUUUGACAAAGGAGAACCAAGCUCUGUGGAAGUUCCGGGGCAUACUCUUAAAAAGACAAUUAAUGGUUUGUCUAAAGGAACAUCUUACAUGAUCAGAGUGGCUGCUGCUACAGUGAAAGGUGAUGGGCCUUUUAGCAGAGCUGUAGAAGGAACAGUUCUCAAUCAGACAUCUAAUGGUAAGUAGUGCCAGCAAGAAUUAAUGAUUUGAAGAUACUGUGCAUAAUUGUUCUUUGUACCUUAAUAUUAGGGUGCAUAUUCUCUAUACUGCUCUCUGUACAUUUCCAUAGGUGCUGACAAGGAGAAUUUUUUUAAUAAUCACAAGCCUCUUAAGUUGGUCAUCAUUUCCCUUAUUUUGGUGGCCUUAAUGUGUGAUUCAGGGGAGAUAUUGUGAGGAGAAACUUGUUGUUAGAAACUCUUAUGCAUCAAAGGAUUAAGAGCUGUGUGAGGUAUAAAUUAAGUCUGAGUCACCAAUAGAGUCAUGGAUUGCUUUCUAGACUUGUUUGCGAAUAGUCCAUUUUAAAGUUGUGUGCUUGAUUGCCAAGCCCUUGAAUAAGAGUGAGGCUAGGGGUAACCUUGUUAUGACACAAAGGUUGUUACUUUUCAAAUGUACAUUACUUUGUGAUCAUGCUUACUAGAUACUGGUCUCUAUCUAAAUCAAAAGGCUUGGCAACUUAGAGUACACAGCAAUAAAAUGACAAACAUUUAAAUUGCACUAGUGUAACUUGGUUUGGAUUUUUUUCUCCAAACAGUGAUCAGCCCACCAACUGUAUGGAUUGCAGACCAUAACUCAACCACAGCAAUCGUGAAAUGGCUUCCCCCUGCCUAUGGCAAACACUCAGUAGAAGAGUAUCAUUUAUUUUAUGUCCAGAUGCAAGAUCACAGCAUGGAAAAAGGACCAUUCAUUGUUGACAAACGGCAGAAAACUUACACUCUACAUGGAUUAAGUAAGUUAGAGGAAUGAUGACAACACAAACAAAAACAAAAUGUUAUUUUAUUGCCACUGAAUAAACUGAAACAGAAAGGAGUUCCACCAAGAGGUAGAAAUCUCAUCAAGUCAGAAUCUGUAACUAACAUUCUUGAUAUAUGGUAUCCGCUGUUCUCAUGUAAAACAAUUGCAAAACUAACUGCAAACAGUGGGGUUAAUCUUUGCAAUUCAAGACUGAGGAAGUAGUGAAAUGUUUCAAAGACAUUUUGCAUGGUUAAGAGGAUUUUAACAAGAAUAUAUGCAAUUUUAUUUUUUAACUCACUAUUAUGGCUCAUCACGUAUGAGAUGAGAUGUCUGAUGGCUGAAGACUUUUUUCAUACAUUUUUCAGGCCAAACAAAUUAUAUUGUUUUGAAUAAAAUUGCAAUUAGAUAAAUUGUGGAUAGCAGUUAAAAAAAAUAUUGGUUGGUAGGGUAGUACAGAAGUUUUCCAACUUGCACAUGUACUUCAGUAGUGAUGUUUCAAAUCUUUUGUCCAGAAAAUUUAAAAGUUUGUAUUCCUUUGUUUUCCCACACACAUGGCUGUUACCCUGAUGAUUAAUCUUCUUUUUUGUGCAGGUUCUGGAAGCCGAUAUUUAAUUAAGUUGAUGGCCUCUGAUGGUAGUACUUUAGGUCCUCCAGGUGCAACUUAUGUCACCACUGACAGGGGUAGGCGAUAAAAUUUGUUUUAUAUGUAAACUAGAUGUUUAAGGAGUGGGGCUGUUACAACACAGAGGUCAAACGACUGUGCUUGUGGAAGUGUUGGUGUAGUGUGGUUUAGCCAGAUGGGAACAGUAGAUGAGUUUGGUGCCCUAGUAUGUACUGUAAACAGGUACAUGUGCUGUUUAUUUGCCCAGGCAUUAAACACUUUUUACCAUUUUCAAUAGGUCCAGGAACUCCAGAUCCUACAGAAGAUCCACUACCCCCUCCUAGACCCAUUCAUUUGGUUUGUACAGUUGACAGUCCAACUUCAAUCCUGCUUACGUGGCAAACACCUUUGUCUUCAGGAAGCACAACACAUUACACAGUGACAUAUUUCUUGCGAAGCAGGAUAAAACAUGUCCCUGUGAAGAGAACAGUUUAUUCUGAGAAUAUUGUCUUGCGCGGACUUACUCCUGGAAGAGAGUACACAAUCUCUGUUCAGUCUCACUAUAAAUCUGAGAAAGAGAUCUUCCCUGGUGUUAGCACUGCAUUCAAGAACUGUAAACUUCCAUUAAGUGGUAUGAAAAAUCGUUUUAUCACCAAAUGAUAUAGUUUUUCCUUGCCAAAAAAAAAACCAGUAGUUGAGGACAGAAUUUUGUUUUCUGAGCUUUUGCACUUUUGUUUUAUUUCAGAACUAAGCUCACCUCCACAAAAUAUCAAAUAUGAAUACAAGACUGUUAGAACUGUGGAACUGGAAUGGGAGGCUCCCCUUAAACCUAAUGGACAGCUCAUCAGCUUUGAAGUUCUUUACACUUACAACAAGUCCUAUCCAGAUUCCAUGUGGAAAAAUGAAUCCUACCCAUUGGGGUUUUUUGGCAGUAGGGUUAAACAGUUCCAUCAACGGUUAUCAGGCAUCAAGGAAGGGACAGAAUUCUACCUCAAGAUUCGUGCUGAGAAUAAUCACGGAUUUGGACCUUUUUCUAAAACAAUAACAAUCAAGCCGCCCUCUGUAGCAGAAAGGGUUGGUCCAAAUGUUGAAUACACCAUUCUGCCAUCCGGUCAGGUGCAGCUGUCAUGGAUGUGUCCUAGAGUGUUCAAUGCUUUCAUUGAGAGUUUCACCAUUCUUUUUUCAAACGACACACACCUAGCAGAUGACAAAUGGAAAGUACAGACUGUUAGUAUACCACAUUCUAGAAGAUUUCCAGAUAAAGUGACAACCACCUUGUAUGUGAAGAAAAUUUUCAUCUAUUUUAAAGUUCGUGCAGAGUAUAAUGAUCACAUUCCUGGAAAGUGGUCCAAAAUAGUGAAAAUUACCAAAGGUAAGCUUAAUAUCAACAGUAAAAUUUCUCAUCAUACCAUGCAACUGCUCUCUGUUAAUGAUCUUCAAAAGAUAAAAGUUGUGGCUGUUAGAAAUACUGAUAGAAAUUUUUUUUGCAAUAUUGCAAACCAUGAGGCAUUGUUUGUUCUCCUUUCCGUGCACUGAAAAAUGAGUUGAAAACCCAUGGAGGUGUUUAAACACCUGUAGAGUAGAGUAAAUCUUCUCAACUGAAACUACUGUAAAACUAUGGAGUAGUUGUAGGAGAAGAUCCUAAAAGGACCAGAUCAAAAAGGCUGUUAGUCAGGGAAAUGUCUGUGUUGUAUUUUUAGAAGAUAAUGGUUUCUCUAAUGUUGUCUCUCACCUCCCAGGAUUUAAAAUGAAACCAGCUUACAGUUAGAGGGACCAAGUGAAGUGAAGGAGCAGGGUGUGGGGGGGGGGGUUACUUGGUUGGACUAGUGUUCUAUCCAAGGGGUCACCUUGACUCUCAGCAGCUGAAGUAAGCUCCAGCAGUGGUGGGCUGCCUCAUAGGACUGAACUUAAAUGGAGGGAUUUUAGUACAAUGUUAGCAAUUAUUGAAACUUGGAUUCAUGUUUGGCAAUUGUUUAACAGCACUGCUUCUAUGCUUUUUCUUUUAUCACAGAAAAAGAGCCAAAGGAUCCUCCUCUGACAUCAAUAGAGCCGAGGCUGUCAGAGUUAAAGGAUAAUCCAGACAAUAUAAAGCUUGGUAUCAUUAUUGGGUGCACCAUCAGUGCAUUUUGCAUUGUAGUCCUUCUUCUCUUUAUUGUGUGGAGAAAUCCUUGCAGGUUAGUGAGCUUUUUUAUUCUUACAGGGAAAAUGAGGUUACUUUAUGGUUGGUGCUCUCAACUUUAUGGCAUUGUUUAAGUCUUGUGUGAGGUUAAUGUAAUACACCCUUUCACUUCCUUGAUCUCAAUAACAAUUCUGCACCACAUUUGCAAUACAUUUCCCUUGUUUUGUAACUGAGUUCUAUGAAUGUGGGGUUUGUUCAAACAAUAUCCCUUGGCUUAUAUUUUUCCUAAUUCUCGUCACCUUUCUGUCUUAAUGUUUAUUGAUAUUGUGAAGAGAAAUUAGUUUUUUGGUCACUCUCGUGAAGGAAAUGGUUAGAGGCUGGAAGUGUACAACUCAGUUGAAGUUCUUAAAGUAUUUUAUAGAUUUUGCUUUGUUAAAAAUUGUUAUUUGAGGAAGCAAAGUCAAUCAGACUGUGAUUUACAGAUGAGGGGAUUGGUCUGAAACAUAAAAAGACAAAAGUAUGUAAAGCCUUCUGAAUGAACAUGAUUCGUGAAGUGUUGGGUAGAUGCUCAAUAACCCUUGAGUAAAUAUUGAUUUAACUUAUAUGUGCAUUUUUUUAAGGCACUAUGCCGCCCAGAAGAGUGAAAAGGAAACAGAUGUCAAAGCAUUGCCACCCAUGAAUGGGUAUCUGCCAUCACAAAAACAAAUUGUUGUGUCUUCAAUACAAGAUAAUAGUGCAUCAACAGAAGAAACAUCUGCCAGUUCAGGCUUGUGCCAGUGUAGAUGUACAUGUGGAGGUUGGUGGAGAUCUAUUUACAGCAAUUUUGCUGUUUUUACAGGUUUAUUUCAUGUUUAAACUUUUCAAAUAGUGAGGUUGUAGCUAAUGUACACUCCACCACUAACACAGAACAAUUUUCAUUUGUUUUUCAGCUGGUAGAUGGCCAAUGGGACGAACAAUGGUGAGCAAAAUUUUUAUUUGGAUAAAAUGUUAA